AGGGUGUCGAGCAGUUUCCCAAGAUACUUGUUUUACACUCCUAUCCCACGAUUGCAGUGAUCACGGCCGGGAGAUUGGGGAUCGCCGGCUGGGCGUCCCGCCGGUUCGAGCUCGGAUCCACAACAUCAACCAGCCCCGCGAGCACUCCUCCCUAUUCUCCCCCUGAUUUGCAGCGACCGGCGACGGCGGAUUGAAGGAGGCCGCCCCACCAGCGGAGCUCGGAUCCACCGCAUCAACCCGCGCGCGAGCCUUUCCCCACCGAUUACAGCGACCGACGAUGACUCUCAGAUCACCAGGAUACAACGAAGGGAUUUGGGGGAGAAAAGCACCGAGGCGAGGUAGACGAAAGAGAGAAGCUUCAGUUGCUAAAAUAAUGCCACCACUUCCGGAGAGUGAGAGGGAAACAAGGGCAUAUCUUGCGGAAAGGAAAUGCAAGAGUGAGGCAUAUUUGAAGGGAUGCAAGGAUGCGGAGCAGCAACCUCUUAGAGACAUACACAGCAUAGCUCGUAGACUUUUAUACCCUACUGCCUCUAAUGCGCAACCGACACAAAAUGCAGGAGGUGCCGGCGAUCGCAGUGUCUCGGAGUAUGAACCAGAUGCUGAAGAGGAGGCCCAUUUUGCAGAAGAAGCUUUGAGAGAUGAAGAGGAAGUUGCUCUUGCUAUGUCCAAAGAAAUGCACCUUCCUUUCUAGCAUGGGUUAUGCAUCAAUAUCCGGGAGAUCUGGGACCUCUACUUCGUCAGCACAGAUCUGAGAAGAAAGAAUUGAACAGAAGGAUAGAGAGGCGAGAGAUGCAAGUAACAGUUGUUGUGUUUGUUCAAUUUAUAGGCACUGAGAGGAGUUAGCCGCGAGGCUUGAAGCACAAGUGGCAACAUUUGAAGAGAUGUAGAGGAAGCAACAUGAAGAAUUGCAAGCUGUGAAGAAAAGACAACAGAAGAAGAAUGAAGCCUGGCAAAAGAAGCAACAGGAGACGGAUAACCUGAUUGGUUUUCUCUUAAAGGCUCAAGCAAGUCAACAAGCAACUUAGCAGUCCCAGUCCAAACCUGACGGUGCAUGAAGGCCAUCCUUUUGUGAUGGAAAGAUAGUUGGCGAAUCAUAUGUUGUAAUCAUCAAGACAACACAUGUGGUCUUUAGUUAUUUAAAUAUUGCCUUUUUAACAUGUCUAUUGUAGUGUCAAACUAGGGAACAGUGUUCCUUUUUAUUGUCAUUUCUAUUUAGAGGAUGACUUGGCUGAGACGGUUGAUCAUAUGAUAUGAUUUGUCGUUCAUUCAAAUUUA